AAUCAGCUCUCCAUAAUCUUAUUAAGGGCUACAAGGCAAAUCUAAUACAAGAAAAUGUAAAAACAAUUAACAAAAUAUCGAAAUUAGUGUGAUAAAAUUAUAACUGAGCAUUUGUGGACUUUGCAUUUUAUUUUGGCACUACAGCAUUGCUCAUGUGGCAAUAGAUUCAGUCAGCAAAAAACAGGCACAGUAUAUGAUGCAUGUCACAUCAGGACUUUAGACAUUUAGAAUGAGGGUAGUGGUAGUGCUAUCUGAAUUAAUGAGAAAACAACUACUGCAGCGACCCCGCAGGAAUGAACAGUUAAGCUAGCUGACACUAGCUAGCUAUUUCCACCUUCAAUUACUGAGGCAACUAUUAGCAACUUACACAAGGCAAGAUAUGAUAUGCGAUCCCUUGAAUCACAUGACUCCCAUUGUAGCUAGCUAAGGUUAGAUUAGCCAACUCGCAUGCCAUGCACGAAAAUGUUUUCGGCAAUACACACUACGGCGUUGUGUAGUAAUCAUUAAAGGUAACGUUAGCUAUCUUCUUAGUUAGCUUUGUUCAAACCGCCUUGCGUAUUUCAUGCGACAACAGUGCGCUAGUUUAACUGCCAUUUGUUAAGGCGGAGAGAGGGUCUGUUUUUGUUGAGUAAAAAAAGUGACAGAGCGAAACAGAGUGCGAGAGGGAUUCAAGAGUGAAGCGGAGGGAGGCCUGAUCCAGGAAACGGCUAGCGGCAUAUUGGAGACGGUAACAUCAUGGCAAACAUCGCAGUCCAGAGGAUUAAACGGGAGUUCAAAGAGGUCCUCAAAAGCGAAGAGACGAGCAAAAACCAGAUUAAGGUGGAACUCGUGGACGAGAAUUUCACAGAGUUGAAGGGGGAGAUAGCAGGACCACCCGACACGCCGUAUGAGGGUGGCAGGUAUCAACUAGAAAUUAAGAUUCCAGAGACGUACCCAUUCAAUCCACCUAAGGUGCGGUUUAUUUCUAAAAUCUGGCAUCCCAAUAUCAGUUCGGUCACCGGGGCGAUAUGUUUGGAUAUUCUUAAAGAUCAAUGGGCAGCAGCCAUGACGCUACGGACGGUGCUGUUGUCGCUACAAGCCCUGCUGGCUGCAGCGGAGCCAGAUGACCCCCAGGACGCAGUGGUGGCGAAUCAGUACAAGCAGAAUCCAGAAAUGUUCAAACAGACGGCCCGACUCUGGUCGCACGUGUACGCCGGAGCCCCCCCCUCCAGUCCCGAAUACACCCGCAAAAUAGACAAACUAUGUGCCAUGGGCUUUGAUAAGAAUGCAGUAAUAGUGGCUUUGUCCUCGAAAUCCUGGGACGUGGAAACGGCGACAGAGCUACUACUCAGCAACUGAGUCUGCACCGAAGGCUGGAACCCUCUCCAAAACCUCUCGUCCCUCUCCUCCACCGGUCGCUUUCUCUUCUCUCAUUUAUUCCAUUCCUCUGUACAUUUUCUGUCCGUUUUAUUCCUCCGGUCAUCACUCCACCUCCACGUCACAAUCUUCACAGGCCCCCUAACCACCUCCACCCAUACCCCUGCCUGUUCUGUCCUUGGUUCAUCUUUUCACACCACUCCCUCCAUCUCUCUCCCCCCCCCUCCCGCUACUCAAGGCCCUCUGUCAAACAUGCCAAUGUUUGUUUGUUUUUUCUUCCCCCUUUUCAUUUUUUGUUUGUUUUUUGCCUCCCCGUAGGAGCGCUUUUAGAUUCUUUUUCAACGCAAAUGACAGGAAAUACUGUCACUGUUCACCUGUUCUGUUCUCCGGGGGGGGGGGGGGGGGGAGGAAGCAUUAGAAACAAACCUCACACCCACACAUCUACAAUCUCACAAGAGUUUCAUCUGUAUAUAAAGUUAUUAAAGUCUGUGUAAAUUAAAAAAGAAA